GAAGAAUGGUUUGGACUAGUGAGAAGUUGAGAUGGGUGCUACAGUUUGGAUUCUGUGUUAUGAGUUUGGGAUGUGCUUCAGUUUCAGGAUCAUUCUCCUUUGAAAUUCACCAUAGAUUCUCAGAGCAAGUCAAGACCGUUCUUGGUGGCCAUGGCUUGCCUGAAAUGGGCACCCUCGAAUACUACAACACGUUGGUUCACCGUGAUCGAGGUCGCCGGCUAACCUCUAACAACAAUCAGACCACUGUUUCUUUUGCUCAAGGCAACUCCACCCAAGAAAUCAGUUUGUAUGAAUUUAUUUUGAAACUCCACUGUUUUUCAUUUCAUCUACAUUAUGCGAAUGUGACGGUGGGGACACCGGCUCAAUGGUUCUUGGUGGCUUUAGACACGGGAAGUGAUUUGUUCUGGUUACCUUGCAAUUGCAAUUCCACCUGCGUACGGAGCAUGGAGACUGACCAAGGCGAGAGGAUAAAGCUAAACAUCUACGACCCAACCAUAUCAACAUCAAGCUCAAAGGUUCCUUGCAAUAGCACACUCUGUGCAAAAAGAAACAGAUGUGUUUCUCCUCUCAGCGAUUGUCCUUACCGAAUCCGAUAUCUCUCUCCUGGAAGCAGAAGCACAGGUGUGUUGGUAGAGGAUGUGAUCCACAUGAUCACAGAAGAAGGAGAAGCCAGACAUGCUCGGAUCACAUUCGGAUGUAGUGAGUCUCAACUAGGGUCGUUCCAAAGAGUGGCUGUAAAUGGUAUAAUGGGACUUUCCAUAGACAACAUAGCAGUUCCAAACAUGUUGGCUAAAGCCGGUGUGGCCUCAAACUCGUUCUCAAUGUGUUUUGGUCUGAAAGGGAAAGGAACAAUCAGUUUCGGAGACAAAGGCAGUUCAGACCAACUUGAGACUCCAUUGAGUGGCACUCUUUCUCCGCCAUUUUACGAUGUGAGCAUCAACAAAUUCAAGGUAGGAAGUGUGACGGUGGAAACAGAAUUCAGCGCGAUUUUUGACUCUGGGACCGCGGUUACAUGGCUGAUCGAGCCUUACUACACUUCUAUAACCACAAACUUCCAUCUUCAUAUAACAGAUAGACGACUUCCAGCAAGUGUGAAGAGUCCGUUUGAGUUCUGCUACAUUAUCACAUCAGCUACAGAUGAAGAGAAGAUUCCUUCGGUUAGCUUUGAGAUGCAAGGAGGAGCUACGUAUAAUGUUAUCAGCCCCUUACUUGUCUUCGACCUCUCCAGUGGUGGAGAAGUCUAUUGCCUGGCCGUCUUAAAGGAAGUUACUGCCGGCUUCAACAUCAUCGGACAAAACUUCAUGACCAACUACAGAAUCGUCCACGAUCGUGAGAGAAUGAUCUUGGGAUGGAAAGAAUCUGAUUGCAGCGAUAAGAAUGGUUUCACCGGACCUACCGGAUCAGCCAAACCGCCAAUGUUGCCGCCAACGCCGUCUCCAAGACCAAGAAACCCUUCCUCUCGUUUAAACCCUUUGGCUGCUUCUUCACUUUUCAUCAUUUGCUUCCUUUUUUUUGUAUUUCUGUGA